AUAAUUAAACUAAAAAGUUAGUAAGAAAAAUACAUGUCUGUGGCAGCGUGAUUGUAGUCACGUCACGUUAAGAUUACAGGUCGUCUGCUACAGAUGAGAUAAAACAUUCCAGAUGUGUGAAAUACCGUUAUACUUUAGCUUGACUUAAAUAUGUAAUAGAAUAAAAAAUAUAACACUUGUAUAAAUGUAGGUGGAUUUGUGUAUAUUUAAUAGAGGAACAUUUAAUGGAACAACAUUAAUCAAUAAGCAAUACAAUGAAAGCAUCAAUAAAGUUUACUUUUGACAGGGUAAUUUACGUUUCUGGUGGCACGUAGUCUAGUCGGUGUUAUAAAAGGAGGAAACCUCGGUUAGUACCGCGGUGACGUACGAUAACUAUUAUCAAUUAGAAAACGUGAUUGAUAGGUAUACCAGUGAAUUUAAUUAUGAAGUGCGAAACCAGUGAAAAUAUGCUCGGCAUAUUAAUAUUAUUUGCGAUGUGUUUACCUUCUAUUGUACAUUCCAAUUAUUUUGGAACGAACAAUGAAAAGAAUGAUCAAUGCUUCUGUAAGUUGAAGGGAUCAAUUGAUGACUGCAGUUGUAAUGUGGAUACAGUGGAUUACUUUAAUAAUAUGAAAAUUUAUCCAAGAGUUCAGAGUCUUCUAGUCAGAGAUUAUUUUCGCUUUUAUAAAGUAAAUUUAAAACAAGAAUGCCCUUUCUGGGCUGAUGAUAGUAAAUGUGCUAUAAGAUACUGUCAUGUGCAACCUUGUCAGGAAGAAGACAUUCCAGAUGGUUUAAAAGGAGAUAUGUUAAAGAACAGUCAUUUUAAUGAAAGUCCUGCGGAUAAAUACAAAGCUUCUAUACAAUAUGAUGAUUGCUUACAUAGGACUAAAGAUCAUAAUAAAGAACUGGGCUAUUUAAACACAACAAUUAGUUCAGAGAACUACAAAGAUUUUGAAUUAUGGAAACAAUAUGAUGAUGCUCAAGAUAAUUUUUGUGUGAAGGAGUCUAGUCCUGGAGAAUAUGUGGACCUUUUGCUAAAUCCUGAAAGAUAUACAGGUUAUAAAGGACAGAGUGCACAUAGGAUAUGGCGCAGUAUUUACAAGGAAAAUUGUUUUAGACCUGAAAAUUCGCCACAUAAUUUUAUUCAAUCUUCAAAAAUAAAUGGGAUGUGUCUGGAAAAAAGGGUAUUCUACCGUGUUAUAUCAGGGCUUCAUACUAGUAUUAAUAUUCAUUUGUGUUCAAAAUACUUGUUGACACCAAAAGACAAUUUAGAGAUAGUGCCUGGUGGCCGAUGGGGCCCUAAUUUGCAAGAGUUCCAAAAAAGAUUUUCACCAGAGGAAACAGGAGGUGAAGGUCCAAAUUGGUUAAAAAAUUUAUAUUUUACUUAUCUGCUUGAAUUAAGAGCUUUGGCAAAAGCUGCACCAUAUUUGGAAAGAGAAGAAUAUUACACUGGUAACAAAGCACAAGAUAAAGAUACCCGUUUGGCAAUGAAUGAUAUUUUAAAUGUUGUUAAAUCAUUUCCUGAUCAUUUCAACGAAAGCGUUAUGUUUACUGGUGGAGCUGAGGCUCAGUUAUUGAAGGAACAAUUUAGACAACAUUUUAGGAAUAUAUCUCGUAUUAUGGACUGUGUAGGGUGCGAUAAGUGUAAACUUUGGGGAAAACUUCAAACGCAUGGUUUGGGCACAGCAUUAAAAAUUCUAUUCUCAGGAAAAUUUGACAGAUGGGAAUCAACAUUAAAUAAUUUUAAUAGAAAGAAAUUCUUCUUAGAAAGAAGCGAAAUUGUUGCACUUAUAAACGCUAUUGGAAGAUUGUCAGAAAGUAUCUUCGAGUUGGAUAAAUUUAGACAAAUGAUGAGAUAGCAGAAUACAGACUAACAAUCAGAUGAUUAAGUUACUUUGGUAAAAUACAUCACACAAAUCUUUAUAUUUAUAUAACCCUUGAUUAUUUAGAUUUAUACAUUUAAUUAUAUAGUAACUUUAUAAAAUAACUGAUUUUUGUAUCAGUUAUAAAUUAUUUAAAAAUUUUAUAUUUAUACUUAAAAUGUGGUAUAAAAUCGCAAUAAAAAUUAUUACAUUUAACGCGUAAUCUUUUUUAUAUCUUUUAUUUAUAAUUAGAAUUAGUUUAAUAUUAAUAAGAAAAAGAAGAACUAUCAUUGAAUAAAUAUAAUGUUGAUUGAAUUAUUAAAAAAGUGUCAAAUUUCAUAUGAUUGCACUUUGUUAUUUUAUUGCGAUUUUAAUGAUAACUUAACUCUAUCUGUGAUAAAUAUUUCUUCUAUAGAAAAGAUUCUUGUACCAGUUUUGAAACAGCAUAUAGCAUAUUCAGUUUCGAAAGAACUUUCAUUUAUCGAAUUCAUAAAAUGUUCAAAUUUUCUUACUGAUAUAUACACAAGUAUUUCAAACUUUAAAAAUUAUAGCUUGUCUUUUUACAUCUACUUUUAUUUUAAUAAAAAUUGUUAUCAAUGUAACCAUUAGUAUGUUAUUCUAUUUACAAAGAUAAUGUUGGUUAUUAAGGUUCUACAGGCAAAUAGACUGUAACGUUUGAGGUUCAAUAAGAUAUUAUAAAAGUCGUCCAAGAUAAAUCAAUUUUGUAUAAUAUUGUGUACAUUUUUUGAAAAAUGUUUUUAUAACGAAGGCGACAGAAGGUUCCACAUUAUUUUCCGACAAAUUUACAUACAAAGAGAAAACACCAGUGUAUUAUAUUUCUAUAUACUAAUUCAUAAUAGUUUAUAAAAUAUUUAAUAUUGUUGUAUAUAGGCGUAAAUUUAAUUUAUUGUCGCUAAAUUAUACUACUUGCGGAUUAUAAAAUAACGAGUUAACAGCGUAUUAAGUUAUGGAUUACAAAAAUGUAUUAAAUGAUAAACUUUUUCCAUUACAUUUAUUUAUAAUGAAUAUAAUUUAUCUAAAUAGGUCGUAUAUUAUACGAAAAAUUUAAAAUUCUAUUAUGAAUUCCUUACAUGAAAACUAUAACAUGAAUUUGAUUAUAGUGUGGAAGAAUGUAUAUUUUAUAUACAGAUAUGAAUUAGUGUGGUGUGUCUAAUUUUUACGGAUUUAUUUAUAAUCUAAAGUAGCAAAAUUAUUAUGUAACCUGCUUAUUUCUAAGAAAAUAUAACACGUUUCAUUUCAGUAGAAGAUUUGAUACAUGCGAUUAUAAAAGAUAACGAAGUUUCGAAUAUAAUAUGAAUUACAAUACCAUCAAUAUUUUA